GCCAAGCCAUUGUUUUUUUUUCUCUCUCUUUUUGUUAGGUAAUCCCUAGGUUACUAAUGUACCUAGGUACCUAGGUAGGUAUGUAUGUACAUGCGCCGCGCGAGCCCGAGGUCCCGUAAGGCACUUAACGCGGUCUCGCCUAUGUAAGCCGCAAUUCAAGUAUUUUCAUGUUUAUGGUCUCGUGCCAUGGCAACAAAUUCUUUCUCUCUCAGCUGACAACGGUAGUAUCGGAUAUUUAACUUGGAACAAACAUGUCUCUUCCCUCCACUAACGCCAAUGGGCAAUCUUCAAUCCGGAAUUUCUUCCAGCCCAAGACGCCAUCAUACGUUCAGCCCCCCGCCAUCUCCCGGGCACAGGCAGCACCUCCUGCUCCUCCACCGCCGCCGUCGGUAGCCGCCGUCCCCUUUCCAACAGCUGAACAGAAUGGCCCGAGAUCACCGCUGUCGCCAGUCCCCACGACUGCACCACUAACAAAGCCGCCAUCCCUUCACCCUCAAGCGACUAUCUCACCAAUUCUACCCGAACACGUCCCUGCUCUACGACGCAUAACCUCUCUCCUCCUACCCGUCAACUAUCCCGAUUCCUUUUACGCGCGUCUCUCCGACCCGCUCUCUUCCGGCGCAUUCAGCCGCGUGGUUCUCUGGUCUGACCCGUCUGACUCCAAUGGCACUCCCAAAGUUAUCGGGGGUCUAGUCUGCCGGCCCGAGCCAUCCCCGUUUACGUCCUCGUCCUCGAGGAAAUCCCCGUCGCAACCCACGACUCCUUCCUCCCAGCCAAACGCGCUGUACAUCCAAUCUCUAGUCCUGCUUUCACCGUAUCGGCAGCAGGGGCUCGCUGCGGCGCUACUAGACGAUGUAGUGCGAGCCGCGGUCGCGAGCCCCUUCGCCUGUGAUGAGGUGUACGCGCACGUGUGGACUGAUAAUGAGGAUGGUUUGCGCUGGUACCUGGCGCGCGGCUUUACCAAGCACGGCCAGGUGAACGGUUACUACUUCAAGCUGCGACCCGACAGUGCCUGGAUCGUGAGGCGCAGCAUUGGCCCCGUUACCUCGGCCCUGGGGUUGAACGGUGCAGCGACAUCGAGUAGUACGGGAGUGGUAACGACGAUUCCGCCGAGUACCACAGCCGCAGCAGCCAAUCUUCUAAGCCAGCAGGCUCCGACGCCGCCGGUUCUCGCAGCUACUUCGGGGACGGGUACGCUCUCAGCACCGCCGAGGAGCAACGGGCCCUCGCCGAACCGCAGCCCUGGUGCCGGAGGAUUGUCAUUCCAGAACGCGCGGCCGGAGACGGAGUGGAACGACUUGCCAGCAGACAUGCACGCCUCGCGAGCUACGGCCAGCGGCUCAGCUAGUAACGCAAGUUCGCGGAGUAGCUCUACAGCUCCACGGAAGAAGAAGGACCGCGCGUACCCAGCUGCUGCCUUCGGCAAGUAGGUAGAUAUCUACCUGUCCUCACGGCCCGACCUUUAACAGAUAAUCCGGGGUCCCACGGGGUUUAUCAAGGGACACGAAAGAUCUCACUAUCAAUAAGAGAGGAAACGAGUAACGAGUUUGACGGUUAUAUAUACCUACCUAUAUAUAUAUAUUUAGUGCAAGUUUGCCGUCUACGUACGCAAGACUGCAAUAGAUAAGCAUGGAAAGGUAUGAAAAGGCAAGGCAAAGGAGCCGGUAAUUUAUGCAUAGUACAUUUGUGGUAUUGGUGAAAAUAUUGUUCAUGUUGCGCGGCAGAGUUGAGCCGAAUUGAGUCGCGGUGGUUUUGUAUAGCCCGUCGUACUGUAUAGAGAAGAAAAUAAUAAGAAUCCAGGCCUCGAGGCCGUCUAUACAUGUUCAUAACCCCUUAAAAAUCGA